CUGCCUGCCGAGGGCGGGGAGCUCCGGGGGCCGCCCCUGCAGGCCCCGCGCCCCCUCGGCCGCCGCCGCCGCCGCCGCCCCGGAGCGCUUUCCCGGCUGCACCGGGCGCCCGGAAGGGCGCGGGGCGGCGGCGCACGCAGCGGGGCGGAGGAGAGGAAGGGAGGGAGCGGCGGGGCCAUGAACGGCUCGGCGAACCCGCUGCUGGACAAGGAGGAGCACCCGCUGCAGCUGGGAGAGAGCUUCGAGCGGCGGCCCAAGGCCUCCUUCCACACCAUCCGCUAUGAUUUUAAGCCAGCCUCGAUCGAUACAUCUUGUGAAGGGGAGCUCCAAGUUGGUAAAGGAGAUGAUGUAACCAUCACUUUGCCACAUAUUCCAGGUUCAACUCCUCCAAUGACUGUGUUUAAAGGAAAUAAAAGGCCAUAUCAGAAGGACUGUGUGCUUAUUAUCAAUCAUGACACUGGGGAAUAUGUACUGGAAAAACUUAGUAGCAGCAUUCAAGUCAAGAAAACAAGAGCAGAGGGCAGCAGUAAGAUCCAAGCCCGAAUAGAACAACAGUCUGCCCGAGCCUCUCAACCUCCUUCACAGUUCAGAGCCCCAACCAAGCCAGCAACUGGACCUAAAACUUCUCCGUUGAAAGAUAACCCUUCACCUGAGCCUCAACUGGAUGACAUUAAGAGAGAGCUGAGAGCAGAGGUUGAAAUUAUCGAGCAGAUGAGCAGCAGCAGUGGAAGCAGCUCAUCGGAUUCAGAAAGCUCAUCGGGGAGCGAAGAUGAAAGCUCCAGCAGUGAGGGGGAAGAGCCAGCACAUGUUUCCCCUUCCCAGCCGCCGCACCAGCAGUAUAACAACAGGAAUGCUGUUGCUAACGGCACCAGCAGGCCACAAGGAAGCAAUCAGCUCAUGAACACGCUCCGAAAUGACUUGCAGUUGAGCGAGUCUGGGAGCGACAGCGAUGACUAGAGGCUGUGCUUUUGCUGUUUUAUACAUGGAAGAACUAAUUUACCUUGAAGUGAUCAGAUUGCUUACAAAGAGGAUCUGGCACAGGAAUAGUUCCACAUGUGGAUUUUUAGUAGAAGGAAUGUAUAACCCUGCAAAAUAUCGGAUGUCGAGGGCUGUUCUACUUUGUGAAUCAAGUGUAUAUUUUGUCCAUAUUCUUACUCUUUAAAAGCUUUAAAUAGAUAUGUACAGUAGGUAAGCCAGUAUAUGGCGCUAUGUUCCGGUCUGUUCAUCAUCUGUAAGCUUUGAUGUGCAACUUCAUCAUGUCAUCUAAAAAUUUCUUGUUUGUAGAAGAUAUUCAGAAGAUAAUCAGCCCAGUGUGUCUUCAGGGAGGGGGGAGGGGGGCGAGGGGGUUGUAUAUAGGGUGAGCAUGAGCCAACAGUGAGAUUUAAAAAACUAAUAAUAAUAAUGCAGGAGCUAGAGUGUGCACUGAAGUGGGACUGUUAUAAAUUAAGUUUCAACACUAAGUUGAUUUAUUUGAUUUGGGACUUUUCUAAUGUGUUUUUAUUGCUAUUUAUGAUUGAUUUAAUGGACAUACUUUUAAACAUUUGGAAAGGAGAAAUCAUAAAACCAUGUUUGUCACAAACCUUGCUGCACCAGUGCCUUAUAAGCAGUUUUCUUAAACAGAGCUUCAAUUCCUGCCAUCUUUUGUAUGGGGAGCAAUACUGAAACCCCUUCAGAUUGCUUUUUCAGAGAAGAGCUAUAAUUCACUUAUGGGCCAGCUGUACUCUGAGGGCAGUUUCUCCAGUAAGAUAAAGGAUCUACAUCAGUCACCUGAACACACCGAACAGGAACCAGAUCAGCAUUUUCUCUUGCAACUGAAGCAUCUCAUUUAAUCCAGACCUUCAGACCUAGAUCUUCAGAAAUAUAUAGGAGCCUGUUUGCCAGUGAAAUUGCAAGGUCACAAAUACAAGAUAUUGGACUUACUGAAAUUGUAGGACCAGAGCCUUGUUUGCAGUUUCCUAAAGGAUGCAGAAAGAAGACAUGACUAAGAAACUGUGUAACAGCGAAAGUCUCUCUCCCACCACAGCUGUCCAGGUAGACUUUAGUCCGUAUCGUUUGCUGGAUGUGAUCUCCAUGCUUGGCAGGAUUACACAGAACAAGAAAUAUUUGCCUACGAUGAAAUUCACCCCUGUUUAAGGGGGUUUAAAGGGUGCUUAGCUGGAUUAUCAUUAACUUAUUUUUUUUUUGUUCCAAUGGAAAAUGAGUGCCACAAGGCAGCCUCUUAAGGUUGAACACAAGGCUGACUUUUUAAACCCCAAAUUAAUGACAUAGGCCAAGUGACGCCGCAGUUGUGGUGUAAUCUGGGGGAACGUGAAGCUGAAUUGGAUGCCUCUCCAUUCUUAAGUGUCUGCUUUGCACUGCUUUUGUCUGUCUGAUCAUUUGUGUUUUAACUCCUGUUUCUUUAAUGAGGGAAAGAAACAGGAAACUUUCCUUUUUUUAUGGUAUUGAAGAGCAGGGGGACAUUGGAAGGGAGAUUUUAUUAAAUGGUUUAUUUUUUUUGCAUUCGAUACAUAUUUAGGCAUAUUUUUGCAUUAUUGUACAUACAUUUAAAAAUACUUCUUUUUUUAAAGUGAUUUAUGAUGUGGGUACAUAUUUUAACAUACAAUUAUGAAAUAUACUUGAUGUAAAGCCACAA